UGGAGCUCCCGCAGCUGAACUUUGGGGGCAAAUAAGUGGGGCCUGUUGGGAAGAGGACUUCUAAAAUGACAGAUAUGUCCGAAAGGCUAUGGUCCAAGGCCACUUUUUCUGGCUAUCGGUGGGGUCUGUGGAACCAGAGGGAGCACACAGCUCUCCUGAAAGUUGAAGGUAUAUAUGCUCAAGAUGAAACUGAAUUCUGUCUAGGCAAGAGGUGUACUUAUGUGUACAAAGCAAAGAACAACACAGUAACUACUUAUGGAAAACCUAACAAAACCAGAGGAAGCUGGGGAAAGAUAACGGGUGUUCAUGGAAACAGUGGCAUGGUUCAUGCCAAAUUCCAAAGCAAUCUUCUUGCUAAGGCCAUUGGACACAGAAUCCGUGUGAUGCUGUACCUUUUAAGGAUUUAA